GAGCAGGUGAGAUCAGUUCUUCCCUCUCUGUCACACUGUGGUGAAACAAUGGCGGAUUCUUCGGAAGGCGAAUUCCAGGAGUUCAAGAAAAGGAAAGUAUGGUUUGAGAAGAAAUCUAGAUGCAUGGAGUUGUACCCAAGAUGGUUAGAUGUCACUUGGGGUUUUUCUCCACACUGGAUUUGGAAUUGUUACAAAGAAACAAGUGAGGACAACGUCGAGGUAGUCAAGCUAUUGGAUGUAUGCUUUCUGAAUGUGAGAGGACAAUUCGAGAUGUCAGAGCUCUCAGCAGGAGUUGUUUAUGAGAUUGCAUACAAAGUCAAACUAACAACCGGAGCAUAUGGAUGGGAAUUCCCGGUUACGGUUAAGAUCGGAUUCCCAGAUGGAAGGGAGCAAAAGCGGAAAUAUAGUCUGUUUCAUAAGCCGAGAGGGGAGUGGAUAGAGCUUAGUGGUGGUAGUUUUGAGGUUAACGGAGAAGGAACUGGAAAAGUGUGGUUUGAUCUUUGUCAACAUGGGGGACACUGGAAGAGAGGGCUUAUCAUCCAAGGUAUCAUCAUCAAGCCGGCUGAAAAGAAUCAAUCCACAGAUACAAGUACAGGGUUUUGUUGUUGGUGAUCAUUGAUAUGUAUCUUUUUCUUUUUCGUUAUUCUUUUGGGUUAAAUGCAUCCUAACUUUUUAACCGUUUGGUGGGCUGGAUUAUAUGACCGUAUUGGAUUCACAAUACUUG